GCGCUUCGGGGAGGCCGCAUAGCACCGUUGUGUUUCCGCCUUGGACCGUAACAGCGAGUCAGCUAUCAUCCAGCCUUCCAGUUAGGAGAACCGCGGCGAUGUUUGCGCGCCCAUAGUUCCACUUGCGUGUUGGCACUCGUCACUUUCUGUAGCUUUCACAUCACGGCCAGAUUAGGCCUAAACGAUGUCAGGAUAUUCUGCUCGCAUUUCUCCAGUUUUCAUCUCGUAGGCAGAAACGACUCAACUGCUCGGCCAGUGUGCUUUACUGUUCGUAAAUAUAGAGCAAAUGAUUGCACUUAGUGGAGCGCCAGAUGCUGCGUCGUUGACGUAUUUAAAGCAAGUUUCAACGCCUGUCGCCUGAGCGAUGAGCAGCUGACCUGCACGGCUUGCUGGCCAGUAUGAACUACAGCUGUGCUCUACAACUCCUUUUGCCGACACUCCUGCUUUACUGACCGAUUUUAGAUGUGCACCAGUCUGCAAUUUGGUUCUGCGUAGGUGGAAAUUAGAAAAUGUCAGAAGGCUCUUCAAGUGGGUCUCUUUUUGAACUUAAUGUGACAGUUGUUUCAGCAAAGUUGAAUUCAUCUGGGAUACUGUUCAAACCAGACCCUUAUGUUGAGCUCAGUGUUGAUGGUGGAGUUCCUGUCAAAACAGAGUACAGCAAAAGCACCUGCAAUCCCAAAUGGGACGAACAGUUUCCAGUGUUGGUGACACCAUAUUCGAAGCUUCAUUUUCGUGUCUUCAACCACAACUCCCUCAUAAAAGAUGCACUCCUUGGUGAAGGCUGUCUUGAACUCUACCAUGUAUUGGAGAAAGCUGAUGGAAAAUUGGACAAGGUGCCACAACCACUGGAAUUGAGCUGUGGCAGCAAACCUGGCCGUAGUUACAGCUACUUGCUGACCAUUCUGGAUGGAAUGAAUGUUGACAUGAGCUGGUAUCCACCAAAGGAAGGCAUGGCCACUGCACACCCUAGAAGAGAAGCAGCUCCUAAAAGCUCAUCUUCUGGUUCCAUCCAUCAACAACACAAUGGAUCCGUGUCUGGCCAUAUGACCGUGGUAGCCGACCAAGCUGACCUUGGUAGCCGGCAGUGGGGCACACCUGCUGGAGCACGGAUCCGAGUGCGCAAGAGCCAUAACAGCAGUGAGCCCCCUGUGACCACAGCUGCGGCAGCACCUUUGUCUUCGUCUGCAGCAGAGGCAGCAGGUAAUGGGCCCACUUCUUCUGACCAGCCGUUACGCCAAAACACCCAAAGUUCUGCAAGCAGCAGUGGGAACUCCAGGCCAGAGGGAACGUCUCAAGGGGCCCAUUUUGCCAUACCAAGCUCUUCAUCGGCAGCAGUGGAGGAGGAGUCCCAGCUAGGAGUGGGCACGGGUAGUCAGGCCUCACCAUGGUCCUCGACCUCUACCAUGGUUAUCCGCAUGGACAAUGGUGGCGGGGAAGCAGGAGCCCGGUGGGCUGCCGCGGAGUCGUCUUCCGAGGGGGCUUCGAACCAGCAGAGUCGCCUGCGCAGGACUGGUGUCCCAGCCUCACCCUGUGGUCGUACAAGCCGCACGACUCCAGCUACAGUUCCAGGUGCAGCUGCAGGGGCGGGCCCUGCUGGCACUCCACCAGCUGCAGCUGCAGCGGCUUCUACCGACGAAGAGCAGUUGCCCCCUGGGUGGGAGGUGAGGUACGACCAGUUUAACCGCAAGUACUAUGUGGACCACAACACACGGAGCACAACGUGGGAACGACCGCAGCCUUUGCCUCCUGGUUGGGAGAUGAGACGAGACAACAGGGGACGAGUGUAUUACGUCGAUCACAAUACAAGGACAACCACAUGGCAGAGGCCAACAGCUGAGAGUGUGCGCAACUAUCAGCACUGGCAGUCAACCCAGGCUCAGGCCAUGCAGCAGUGCCAGCAACGCUUCCUGUACCAUACACCAGUCCAGGUGGAUGACGAUGAUCCACUGGGGCCUUUGCCUGAAGGGUGGGAGAAAAGGAUUGACCCAAACAAUCGUGUGUACUUUGUGAACCACAAAAACAAAACAACGCAGUGGGAAGACCCACGUACCCAAGGAAAGGAAGAGCCCCUCCCUCCUGGUUGGGAAAUCAAGUACACAGCAAACAGAGUACGCUACUUCGUGGACCACAAUUCCAAGACAACAACAUUCAAAGAUCCUCGGCCAUCUCCAAAGGGAGCCUAUGGAGUGCCAUUAGCUUAUGAAAGAAAUUUCAAGUGGAAGCUUACGCAGUUCCGCUACUUGUGCCACUGCAACUCUUUGCCUAGCCACAUCAAGAUAACAGUCUCCCGGGGAAACAUAUUUGAAGAUUCUUUUGGCCAAAUUAUGCGGGUUCCACCGCAUGAACUGCGAAGAAGGCUCUUCAUCACAUUCAAGGGGGAAGAAGGCCUUGAUUAUGGAGGAAUAGCCAGAGAGUGGUUUUUCCUGCUGUCACAUGAGGUCCUCAACCCCAUGUACUGCUUGUUUGAAUAUGCGGGAAAGAACAACUACAGCCUGCAGAUUAACCCUGCGAGCUCUGUGAACCCUGACCAUCUGCUGUACUUCCGGUUCAUCGGAAGGUUCAUUGCCAUGGCUCUCUUUCAUGGAAAAUUCAUAUACAGUGGAUUCACACUUCCCUUCUAUAAGCGUAUGCUUGGCAAAAAGCUCACCAUGAAGGACAUUGAGUCCAUAGACAAUGAGUUUUACAAUUCUCUCAUCUGGAUCAAAGAGAACAAUAUUGAAGAGUGUUCCCUUGAACUGUACUUCAGUGUAGACUUCGAGGUGCUAGGGCAGAUCCAGUCUCAUGAACUAAAGGCCGGUGGAGGAGAAAUUAGAGUUACUGAGGAGAACAAAGAUGAGUACCUGAGGUUGAUGACGGAUUGGCGGUUUUCACGGGGCCAAGAAGAGCAGACAAAAUCAUUCUUGGAUGGCUUCAAUGAAGUCCUGCCUUUGGAAUGGCUUCAUUACUUUGAUGAACGGGAACUUGAGCUGAUGCUGUGUGGAAUGCAAGAAAUUGACAUUGAUGACUGGCAGCGAAACAGCAUCUACCGGCACUACACUCGCAACAGUAAACAAGUUAUCUGGUUCUGGCAGUUUAUCAGAGAUAUGGACAAUGAAAAAAGGGCACGCCUACUACAGUUUGUCACAGGCACGUGCCGUGUACCUGUUGGUGGAUUUGCUGAGCUUAUGGGGAGCAAUGGGCCACAGCGUUUCUGCAUCGAGAAAGUGGGCAAGGAGACGUGGCUUCCUCGAAGUCACACAUGCUUCAACCGGCUGGACUUGCCACCCUACAAGAGCUAUGAGCAGCUGGUGGAGAAGUUGACCUAUGCCAUAGAAGAGACGGAAGGUUUUGCUCAGGAAUGAUGCUUUCUCUGCCCGGUAUAUCUGCUCGUGGGGCAGUAAGCGUUGGGAGAGAAGCACUUGGGGACCCUGUCAGGCUGAAAGAGAUAACAUAGGGGAAUGUUGAUAAGGAGCUUAGAUCUCUCCAAUGCCAGCUUUCCAGGGCAUUUAGGUUAUGUGCUACCAUCAAGGCAGCAAGCUACAUUGCCUGACAAGGUGCAAUGAGCUUUUUUCUUUUUUUCAUUAAGAAAAAAGAUGAAAGGUAACUUCUGAUGUGCUGUGUUCUUGUUACCUUUGUUCUGCUUGCUUGACAUUGUUUUUGCGCUACUCGUUUUCUGCAUUCAGGCCUAAAGGGUGCAACUUGUUUGGCUUGAAUUCUUGUAUGUUUUGGUACUGUGAUAAGAGACAACACCACACCGGUACUAGUAGUGGUGCAAUGGUUUUCCCAAGCAGUUAGCUGCUUUGACCUGUGUUUGCUUUUAUGUUUUAGUCAGCUCUGGGUGCUACCUUAAGGUGGCACCUGGUAUAAUUGAAGAUGGUUCCUUUGUUGAAUGGUCUCUCUUAGUGACAUUUCACUGCUGUAGAGUAGCCAAUGUGAGGCUUCUGGCCGGCUGAGGGUGUGAUGUAAAGCUAUGGUCCUCACCAGCUUAAAGGAAUAUAUAUUUAUUGUGUCCGUAUGCUCACCUUGCUAAAAUAAUGAGAACUGGCCUGGAAGAGUAUCUGGCUUUUUCUGCAUUAGUGCAUGUCACACAUGCAUCCCACUUGGUUAAAAAAAAGAAAGUAGUGUGAGCUGGAAUUGGAACUGUGCCAGUGUUCCCAUGCCAGGGGGAUCUACUGAGGCAGCAUACUUGCAUGAAGUGGCUGUUCUCUCAGGUGUGUCAGAGGACCAUUGAAUAACAUGUUUUAAAAAGACAAAACACACACACGUGCAGACACACACACACACACACACACACACAGCCACCUGUCUCCAAAAAGGCUUUCUCAGGUUCUGAAGACACUUGUGAAAUGAAUAUUGUUUUGGUUCUCUCUGCAUCUGUCCUUGUGUGGAUGCCACUGCACUCUUGGUUGGGUAUACUUUAAAAUGGGGCUGCAAAGCUCUGUACAUAUGUUGUACUCAGUGUACUGAAUCUUGUAUUGGCCCAAAGGAAUCCCCAUAGGGACUACAACGAAGAUUGUCAUGGGAUUGCAUUCAGGCGGCCGGGCACACACUGGGGAAAAUGUAAAUACAAUGUAAAAAAAAAGUAAAGGGGAAAGAAAGGGGUCUACUCGGCACACUGUUGUUCUGAUGUAGAUUUUAGCCAAUGCAGGCAUGUGUGCUUUUCUCUUCUGGCAGUAGCCUAAAAGGCGUCUGCUGCACAGGUGAAAUUCUGCUUAUUGUAUUAAAUUUUUUAGUUAGCAAAAAUACCUCGGUGAAAGUGUGCUUUAUCAAAUUUGGUAAAAUCAGCUUGAAAGUUUUGUUGCUAUGCGAACAUUGUUGGUUGAUGUGUGGCAGCAAACUUCAUCUCCUAAUCUUGUCUGUGCUUUAAGUCAUUUUUUACUGAUUUCUACUGGUGUAUUGAAAAAUCUUUUAUUUUUACUUCUCAGUCAAUGUAUUGUGUAGGCUGUGGUUGUGAAAAUGCUUUCUUCUGAAGUGUUGGUCAGCUGUAAUGCAUCACUUUGGUUGUAUGUGUAAAUACUUGUUUGAAAAUCUUACCAGUUUACAGUGCUGCUCAUCUUGGCAUAUCUGGGUCUUGUGACACUUUACUGUAUUGCUCCUUUAUAUUUUAUAAUGGAGAUAUAGAUAUAAGUACAGAGUGAACAAGACUGCUGAGAGUGCAUAUGCCGGUGUUUUGUCGCCAUGUAGAACCACCACCUGCAGGAAUGAUCUGCCUGUAAUUAUUGUUUUAGACAUAGCAUCCUAUACUGAACCAUUAUUUCCUGAAAGUCAUUGCCAAGACGUCGUACACCAAGGUUACUUUGUGUAGUAUGUUACUAUGAAGAGAGUAUAUAAAUAUAAAUAUAUAUAUAUAUAUAAUAUACUACAAAGAACUUUGCAAAAUUGGCAAUAUAUCAAGUUUGACUGUACAUACAUAUGAAUUAAACCCGGGUGCAAAGUCAA